GGUAGUUUCCAGUGUCACAGACGCGAUGCGGCUGCAGCAGGCAUGUAAACAAAGAAUGUAACUUGUCUGUGUGUGCGGCAAAUCUCUGAAAAUGGGAAAGCGGGACAACCGAGUGCCGUACAUGAACCCCAUAGCUGCUGCUAGAGCAAGAGGACCUACGCCCCUCAGCGGCCCUACAAUACAGGAUUAUCUCAGCAGACCUCGACCAACAUGGGAGGAGGUGAAAGAGCAGCUGGAGAAGAAAAAGAAAGGCUCAAGAGCUUUGGCUGACUUUGAGGAUAAAAUGAACGAGAGAUGGAAGAAGGAACUGGAAAAGCACAGAGAAAAAAUCCUGGGAGGAGGUGAGAAGAAAGAAAAGGAAAAAGAUAAAGACAAGAAAGAGAAAAAGAAAAAGGAAAAGAAGAAAUCCAGUAGGCAUUCUUCGUCUUCUUCCUCCUCCUCAUCGAGUUCUGAUUCCUCCAGCAGCUCGUCAUUCGAGUCUGAAGAUGAGGAUGAAAAGAAAAGCGUGAAGAAGAAACGGAAAAGAAAGAGAUCCUCAGCGCGGAAAGCAACAGAUGAAUCUGAUGUAGAAUCGGAAACAGACAGCAAGGAAUCCUUCAAAAAGAAAAAGAAAAGAAUCCGGGAGGAGGGAGAUAAAGAUAAGGAGGAAAAGGACAAAAAAGAUGAUUCAGAGUUAGAUGAAGAUGGUGAAUCCAGGAAGAGAAAACGGAGUAGUGAAGAGAAGGAAAAGAGCACAGACAAAUUAAAGAAAAAGAAGAAGAGGAAACAUAAAAAACACAGCAAGAAGAAAAAGAAGAAGAGCUCAGGAUCGGAUGUAGAGAAGAGUUCAGGAGUGUGGCAUCCUGAUUGAACUGAAUAAGACUGGAGCCCUGCCUCUGUGACUGGAAAACCUGACUGUCUACCAGUGGGACCGUGAUAGCUGCUCGUGUUUGCAGCAGUGUGUCUUCCUGCUUGUGCAGGGUGAUUGUGUAUGUGUGUGUGGAUGGAUGAAUGGAUGGAUGGAUGGAUUAUGUGUUGAGUGUUUUAGAGGGGCUAUGAGAGCUUGAAUUCACUAUUUUUUUUUUUUGGUUGUUUUAAUUUUUGCUUUUAAGCAGAAGAUUGUGUCCCCCAAUAAAACGCUGUUAUAACAUUUGGA